GCCUCUCAUUCGAACUCCGCUGUCUUUCCCACACGAGCGCCUUCAGCCUCAUCUGCUCUUGUGAAUUCCUCCUCCUCUUCCGCAUCCUCCUCCCUUUUGCGUCGUCUCUCGGACACGACGGAUGGCAGUGACCACCAGCGGACUAGGGGUGCCCUGUCGCCCUAUGAUCUUGCUGUUGCCGGUGUUGGACAAUCUCAGAAGGAUGCCUCAAAGAAGGACGCUACUAACACUGCCAUUGCGGCCGCCUUAACAGGGGGAGAAGGGGGAAGAGGAAGCCAGUUUGUGUAA